AUGAAUGUGCUGUUGGCAGAGGCACAUGUCCCGUAUGACAUUACGCACGAGAUGGACGAGGUCAACCCCGACUUCCCCGAGACGGAUGUAGUGCUAGUUAUUGGAGCAAAUGACACCGUAAACCCAGCAGCCCAAGAUGACCCUGACAGUGACAUAGCUGGAAUGCCUGUGUUGGAAGUAUGGAAGGCCAAGAAGGUGGUUGUCUUCAAGCGAUCGCUUGGAGCAGGAUAUGCCGGUGUUGCCAACCCUUUGUUUUAUAAAGACAGGUAG